GCUCAUUAAUUGAAUUCGACAUAUACAUCUACGGUACUGUCGGUAAGUACAGUACGACUCAGAGUCAGCGACGGAGGGUAGAGUAGUACAUCUCGGGCUCGGCCCGGGCAUCUCGCGUAGCGUGGAUAGCCGCCCGAGUAAGAUCUACGUAGCCACAGUGAAGUUCUUCUCUCCAAUCCGUCUGGCAUCCCGAUGUUGGACCCGUCGCUCCUUGCUAUGUUUGCACCGCUGCCUCCUAACCACCAGUCGGUGUCGAUCUCGAGCUUAUCUACAAAAGAUACGGAUCCUUUAUGGGAAACACUCAGUACCUCUGAUACGAUGCUCAGCACCGCCGACAGUGCUACAGAUUCCAUGGCAUCGGAGGAGUGGGACAGAAUCCUCAUGCGACCACGCCGUUCUUUCAUCCGCGACAUCCGAUUGGCGUACGGGGAAGCUCUCGAGCGCAGGCUGGCAAUGCCUGUGAGCACACAAAUCAUUACGGGGGACAAUCAUCAGCCUUCGCCCACUAGCCGUCUUCCGUACCAGGGGUACGACGAGCGAUACGAAGGAAUGCAUGUCGCGGGCUCCCCUUUGCCAGAGUAUGCACCUGCCAGUGCUAGUCCAAACGACGCUGCAUCCACCGGUAGCUCGCUGGGGAGCGAAGCGAUGGACCACGCUAUAAACCACGCGCUGCUGGCCAACUGGAGGCAGGAGACACAGAGGUGGGCAUUCCAGUGGGAGGACUUUACGGAACCGGAUGAGUCCGACGAGAUGGACUCGCCUGCGGUGGUCGCCACCCCGCUCGACGUCCAAAUGGCAAUCCCCCAAGACACUCCAGAACCUCCCGAGCUCCGCGGAUUGGAGGACGAGAUCAGUCGUUCGUUGAUGAACGAGAUCAUAGACACCGCGAUGGCUGAGUGGUCGACGAAGACCUCGACGCGGUCGACCUCGAUCGCGAGCAAGACUAGUGGAGAUUAG